GAUAAUAUGCUAUACACUAACGCAAUGAGGUUAGGUAGGAGUAUAAAGAUGUGAAAAUUCACUGACUUUUAUGCUGUGAUAGUAACAGAACAGAAAGUGGAUAAGAAAGAGAAGCAAAAGCCCGGCUGCCUUUGGAGCUUCUGGCUAAGUAGGUAGUUGUUUCCUCUCUAGGCUGGGUUGCUGCUGCUUGGCUUAAAAAAGAUCAAACCGCAGCAUACCUCAGUUAGGUGUUCGUUCAGUUCAGCUCCAAGUGCAGUGGGCUAAUUCCAAUAUCUGGCAUCCAUGUUUUUUUUUUUUUUUUUCUCUACAGCUUGCCAAGUUGGAAGCAGCAACUCCAGCUAAAGAUCUGAGACUAGAGCUGCCUGUAGUUCUCCCAGCAGGCAGCAGAUAGAGCCAACAGCCAGUAACUUACCACAGUGCCCCUGAGCCACUUACACUUAAUGUGAGGUGCGCUUUGCUGUCUCUACUGGCUCUCCUUGAGUGACUGAAGAGACAAUACAAAGACAAGCAGGACCCUUGAAACACACCAGAAGACUUCUAACCAACUGACUUCAUUAACUGGGAUUAGAAAAGGACUUUCUCGAGCUGAAGUGACGCCAACAGAUCUAUGAAUAAUGCACGGAGGAUUAUGAUGCCUCUUCAAAGUCAAUAAUUCAGUCAAGAAGAAUCCAUUCAAGAUGGCCGUCAGCCUCAUCAUCCUCUGCCUCCUGUCACUGAUUGGCUGUGGCUCAUCACACCCCUCUCCUCCUCCGCGGGGCUGCAGUGUGGAUGUUGACCCUCCGUACAGGGUGCUGUGUGACCUGGAGUCAGUAUGGGGGGUGGUUCUGGAGGCGGUGGCGUGCGGCGGUGCCCUCACCUCCCUGGUCCUCUCCGUGGUCCUCGUGGUCAGGCUGCGCUCUGUGUCUGACCCCGCCAGGCGCUCCGGCCUGGGCCCCCUGCUGCUGCUGCUGGCCACGCUCCUCGGCCUCUUCUCCCUCUCUCUGGCGUUUCUGGUUGGGAAAACGCAGGCACUCUGUGUGCUCCGCCGGGCCCUCUGGGGACCCCUUUUCGCCCUCUGUUUCUCCAGCUUGCUUGUCCAGGGCGUGAGGCUCAGGAGGUUGGUGGCGGGCAAGGUGAGCCCGACGGGCAGCACCCUGGCGGGGCUCGGCGUGGCCUUGGCCCUGGUUCAGGGGAUCAUUUCCACCGAAUGGGUCCUGCUGACUGUAGUGAGAGAGGGUCACCCAGCCUGUGACUACCCGCCUUUAGACUUUGCUUUGACGUGCAGCUACACCCUGGGGCUACUCCUCAUAGCCAUGGCACUUUCCCUGGUGGUGGUGUUGUGUGGAGGAGAGAUGGAGACCGAGGGAGGUGGGAGGGAGGAAGAUAGAGAUGCAGGGAAUGAAAAAAAGAAAUGGAGGUGUGACGGCGUCUGGCUCUUCCUGUCCUGUCUGUCAUCUGCGUUGCUCUGGGUCGCCUGGCUGGGCUUCUAUCUCUACGGCAGCCAGGCGCUGAGGGUGAAGGGGAGAGGGGAGAGGUCAGGGGGGAGGAAGGGUGUAAAGGUGCUGGACGAGCCGGCUUUGGCGGUAGCCCUGGUCAUUCAGGGCUGGCUCCUGUUGCUGUUCCAUGCCAUUCCAGAAACCCACUUGUGUCUGUGGAAACCCCCAUCGUCCAGCACGCAGGACCUCUUCGACACCAGUCAGCGAACUCCUUCACCACGUUUUGGAAAGGAGCUCUCCUCACACACUAACCGCCCCUUUGCAGAUAACCAGUCCUUCUCCAUGGAGGAGCACAGUGCAACUCUCCGGGGUGGAACAUACCGCAGCGGCCAUGGGAGCAUCCGCUCUGGCAUCCCCUUCAGAGGUCACGUGUACCAACCCACUGAGAUGGCCCUGGUCAUGAACGGUGGAACAAUACCUACAGCCCCGGUUAACUACACUGGAAGACAGUUGUGGUAACUGGAGAUGAGGCUGGAAGACAAGAGGAUACAUUGAUGUCACAGACGUGAUAGCAGUAUAAUUUCCCUGUUGCCUAAGAAGGAAGCAUUAAAGACAUUGUUUUGAAUGUGCUCUUGAUUGUGAUGGGAGACAAAGCUGUUUCCGCGCACAUCCAUACAUUUUCCAUCCUUAAAAAUAAUUAUAAUGGUACCUUCCUGGGUUUUCUUGAUUGCCUCUAUAUCAGGAGACUGGACAAGAUAUCUCAAGUUGACAGUGUAAAGCUGAAAGUGACAUUGCUUUCCUGAUUUAAAACAUGAAUUGAAGGCAUUUAUUGUGCAUUGUUUUGAUCAGCACACCUCUGCACAUGCCAUUUUUUUUUUUUUUUUUUGGUAAUAAUUUAGCACACUGAGGAGGAGAGGGGUUUUUGUUGUCUUGGACGAAGAUCAAAUACUGGUGUGUCCAGCAUGAAUUUGAAGGGAAGCAACUGAUUCAGAUUCAGUGAUGAAGUCAGGCCUUUAAUUUGCAUUUCCUGUACAGCCGAGCAUUUUGCAAGAGCAAGCCUCUAAACCAUCUGAUCUCCAGUCAUCUGCACUGUUAGCUGUGUAAAACAUACCUUUGGUGUUGUGAUAUUUAUAGCUUCCCUUUCUGUUUGGCUUGAAACUGUGCUACAGGAAGAUGUUCACGACAUUUUGUAAAUUUCCUCCAUACGCCCACAAAGCUUGCUUGCUCCCCUCGUCUCAUGCUGGAGACCUCAAGGACAUCUUGCAGUGUUUUUCCUCUUCAGAUCUCUCUUAUAUUAGUACGGACGGAAGUGAAACCUAAGUGCUAAUGGAUAUAAUCCGUGUUUUCCUUAACAGAGCUUCUCUUCACCUCUGGAGUGUUGAGAGAUGAUUUAAAAGGCUAAAUAAAACUUCAUAGCUUUGAUAUGCAUGCAGAUAAUUAGUUUUUUUUUUAAAUGAGAAUAUAGUAAAUAGCUAUUCAAUACUGCAAUAUAUAUGUGUGUACUGCAGUAAAAGGUUUACUUUUUGAAGUCGUGAAGUUGCACUUUAUUCGCUCUAACCAUGUCUGGGCAACGUGACCGUCUGAGAUUUGAACGCACGUAAAAGCACAUUUUGUUGCUGUCGGGUGAAAAUCUUGUAUCUCCCAUAUUUCAGCUUUUAAAAAAUACCCGCCUUGUUUUCAGAUAGACCAUUGUGCAUCUUUGAGUUGUUUUUUUUUGUUGUUUUCUAGUGGGCUUCUAAGGAUUUUAUAAUCUCAAAAGUUACAGGAUUUUCAGAUGACAGCAGUGAUUGAAGAUAUGCUGUGCUGUGUCACGAUUAAUAUUCAGUAUUUUCAGUGUUUUCUAGAAUUUUGAUAUACAUCUUUGAGGAAAAUACCAGUUUUAGUGUCUGUCUGUCUGUCUGUCUGUCUGUCUGUCUGUCUGUCUCUCUCUCUCUCUGUCUCUCUCUCUAUCAGUCUAUGUAUCUAUCUAUACAUGGAACCCCAUUUAGUUUAAAAUUCAAUAAUAUACCAUAGUCCAAACCAAUAAUCCAUCAUUGUGAAUUUGAAUUUGAGCAAUACAUUUUGGAUCUGACCUGAUGGUGUUGAUAUUACAUUCCAUGUGCAUUGUUUACAUCAGUCACCUAAUUCAUACAAUACUAGUGAUACUUCUCAGGUUUUGUACCAAGUUCAUGUUGUUUAGUAGCUGGCACUGGCUUACAGUGUCAUCAGUGUGUGAGAUCUGAGUCAAUCCUUCACCAUGUCAUCAUGAAAGCCAUACCAAGCCAUACAGUUGGGAAUGCCCUGUGGAUAAUAUUAAACAUAUACUGGAAUGUGGAUUGGCAGUUUUCCAACAGUCUCAGUCUCCUGAGGUGAAGUAAAUCCAAUCCAAAAAAUGUUUAACUGUUUUUGUUUUUGUUUGUUUGUUGUGUUUUUGUUUUUUAAGUUAGAGCUCCAAAAAAUCCAAAUGGUUGCCGUGAAAAUCAACUGGCAGCCAAGUCUGCUUUUGUAUGUGCAUGUGUACACCAUCCUAUGAUAUUUUGCUAAUGUAACAAAAUAUUUCAGCUGCAGGGUUUUUAUGGUUAGCGAGGUACAAAAGAGGUCAGCACACCAUAGGACCUGUCGUACUUAUUUAUUUAGCCACCAAAAUAAGAGACGUUUGCAGCGUCUGGCUCUUCCUCAGCCCGAGAAAGAGCCUGGGUCUUUUAUUUUGGGUGCUGAAUAAAUAAACAUCACAGGAGCAACAGUCUGCGGACGUCUUUGGUUCCUCACUGUGUUUAUCUUGUUCGGCUGAGCACCUGCCCAGAGGGCUUAUGGAUGUGCACUCAAUGUUUCUUCAUAGGAUUUUUAGGGUUACGAUUAUGUAAUUAACCCAAAUGUGAAUAAAACUGGUAUUUUUCCUCUCAGAAGUCUUUUAUGGCAGCAUAAAAUGAAUGUUUGUAAUGUUAUUUGCACAAAGUGGCUAAUAAAUUGGUGCACAUUCUCUUUGCUCUUGAUUGUUUUGGUAAAUACCUUGUUGUCAUUUAAGGUUUCCUCAGCCUCCCAACCUUGGUGGUGCGCUGGCCUUAGAUGCACUUUCCCGGAGGCCCGGUGUGUUACCCUGCAGAGACAGCUUGGAAGUACACAGUCUCUCACUACUGUGAAUGCUCAGAUGCUCAGAGUCCGGAUAUGAUGUUGCUUUGGAAAAUAAAUUAAACGGCUUUGUAGUUUAA